AUGGUAGAUUUAUCAGAAGAAACAAAUGAGUUGAUGAUCACAAUGAUACCACCAUGGAAAGAAGAUUGUCAAUUGAUUUCUCAAAACAUGAAAAAAACCCAAAUUGCACAACACAAUUCUACAUUAAUUACUUUUUCCAGGCCAAUUAUAGCAAAAAAAGUACCAAAAUUAGGCAUGGAAUUUGACACAGUACUAGAAGCUAAAGACUUCUGGAAAAGUUAUGGUGGAAUGAUGGGUUUUGAUGUUCGACAAUUGUAUGCAAAUAAAUGCAAGCUUGAUAAUUCUGUAAGUAGUUUUAGACUUAUUUGUGCAAAGGAAGGCCAACGAAGACCAGAUAAACGGGAUCAUUUAACAAAGCAACCUCUCGCCGAGACUAGAACAAGUUGUCAAGUAAGAAUGUCACUCAAGUUUGCUCGAGAUAUAAAAAAAUAUGUGAUUUGUGACCUUGAGUUAAAUCACAAUCAUAUUUUGCAAAUUCCGGAAACCAGUCAUAUGAUGCCAUCACAAAGAAAGAUUUCAGAAGUACAAGCAUUGCAAAUAGAUUUGGCAGAUGAAGCUGGCAUAAGACCAAAGGAAACUCAUGAACUAACAAGUUUACAAGCUGGUGGUAAAGAUGUCCUUGGAUAUACCAAACAAGACCAAAAGAACUAUCUUCGAAGCAAACGAAAGCAAGACUUGGCCUAUGGCGAAGCAGGUAGUUUAUUAAAGUAUUCUCAUCGACAACUACUUAAUAAUCCCUCAUUUCAAUAUGCUAUACAGUUAGAUAACGAAGAGAAAAUAACAAAUAUUUUUUGGGCUGAUGCAAGAAUGGUUAUUGAUUAUGCUAUCUUUGGUGAUGUAAUCACAUUUGACACUACAUACUGCACAAACAAAGAAAUUAGACCAUUGGGUGUUUUUUGUGGAUUCAAUCACCAUCGAGAAAUAGUAAUAUUUGGCGCUGCUCUUUUGUAUGACGAAUCAAAAGAAUCUUUUAUGUGGUUAUUUGAAUCAUUUUUGGAAGCUCACAUGCAAAAAAAGCCUAAAACUAUUUUCACUGAUCAAGAUCCUGCAACGGCAAGUGCUUUGGUAGAAAAAAUGCCUGAAACAUAUGAUGGAUUAUGUGUCUGGCAUAUUAUGCAAAAUGCUAUUCGACAUUUAGGGAAUAAGUUGAAAGAUGGUUCUUUUAUCUUGAGAGAUUUCAAAGCUUGUAUGUAUAAUUCUGAAGAUCAGUUUCAAUUUCAAGAGUCAUGGGAUGCAUUGCUUCAAAGAUACAAAGUGGAAGACAAUUCUUGGUUGAAGAGUAUUUAUAAAGUGAAGGAAAAAUGGGCUCAUUGCUAUAUGAAGAAGGUGUGUACUAUUGGAAUGCGAAGCACUCAACUUAGUGAAAGUUUUAACAGUGAUUUGAAAGAUUUUAUGCGGUCAAGUUUAGACAUAAUACAUUUUCUCAAACAGUUUGAGCGAGUUGUUGGUGGCAAGCGAUACAAAGAGCUACAAGCUGAAUACAAUGCAAGACAAAAGCUUCCUAGACUUAAGAUGAUUCACUCGCCGUUAUUGAAGCAUGCUGCACAGAGUUCUGCUGCAUAUAUUGUUUCUCGUACAGAGAACAAUCAAAUAUCUGAAUAUCAAGUUGCAUAUAUUGUUUCUCCGCAGUUGGCCCAACAACCGUCAAUGUGA